CGUCUCCCUGCGGUGGUGAAUGGCGGUCAGAAAGUCCAGACGAAGGAGAGAGUGAUCUGACCAUGACAAAGGUUCAGUGACUAUUUCCUUUAAGUCCAGAUCUCUCGACCACUGACCAGAGACAAAAAUCAGGUCCAGAGUGCCACCCCCAAUGUGAGUAGGGCCAUCAACUACUUGGGUCAGGUCCAAGGCCGUCAUGGAAGCCAUGAACUCCCGAGCUGCCGUCGAUGACGAGCCGGACGAUGGCAAGUUAAAGUCCCCCAUGACUAAAAGUCUGGGGGUCUCAACUGCCACCCCGGCCAGCACCUCCAGGAGCUCGGGCAGGGCAGCUGUCACGCAGCAAGGAGCCAGGUACGUGAUCAGCAAACCCAUCUGGCACCUAUGACCCCAUCUCACAAAGAGGGAUUCGCACCCGGCAAUCUGAGGUACAGUGGUCUCCCUCAGCUCUAGACUCUCUCUAAUCACAACCGCCACCCCGCCACCCCUACCCUGAGCCCUGAGAUUGUUCUGGGUGUGUAGGAAAUUCAUAAUUGGGACAGUUGCAUGUUGCGUUCCAGUGGAGGAGCAAAACGGAAGAAUCGAUCAGAGAAUUUGGAGGGAGGCUGCACUCCCUGGAAGGAUUGUGAUGGAGUGGGGGAAGAUAAUUUAGUCUGAUGGGGGAAGAAUGGGCGCUUCUCAACGAUUGACAUUUCUCCCCAUCAGAGGUCCGCAUGCAGGAGAUGUUGUCCAUGGGGAUUGGGAACAAGCCUUUCCUGGACAUCAAGCCUAGCGAGGCUGCCAUUCACGACCGAGCCAUCAAUUACAUUAUGAAAGGCAGAGGCGCCAGAACCAGGGCUUCCAUCGCGGUGUCUGUCUUUGACCACGCCAACCCUUACAAGAGAUCUCCGACCACUCUGUCCGCCGGCAGCCCAGCCUCCUGCUCGGGGAUUGGGGCUCUCAACCUACACAUGUACCUGGAUCAGACCUUGCUGCCUACAGUGCUGCCCACCAACCUUCCUUUAAGGGCUGGGGUCUGCCCUGAGGAAGAGGAGAUGGAGAACGAGACAAGCAGUCAGCCCUCUAUGACCACCGAGAGCUCCGGGUCCUCCCAGGGCCUGCCUGGAAGUGGCUCCAGCAGUUCUGACAGCUGCCUUCACAACUUGAGCGAGGACUGGAGAUCCCCACUUCCUACAGACUUCUCCUUAACCACCACAGAUAUGGAGAAAGGCUGUUUCCCCAACAACCAGUAUGUUUCAGCGGUUUGAAUGCAGCCAGAAAAGAAGGAACCCGAUUGCUGGGCAGACCCCUGAUGCUACGAGGGCCCCUUAUCCUCCUGUCAAGCUCUACAGGAGGGAAGCAGGCUCUGGCCUGCCUCUUCCGGUAGUCUGAGAGCUGGCACGGGGAAGCAGCAGCAGCUGAGAAAGGCCGGUUGACGAGGGUUGGUAGCUCGAACAGGACCCAAAGGCCAACUGCGGUGGCGGGGAGGGGAAAGAAGUGCAAGCGGGAGAAUGAUCCCACCGCUCGCUGGCUGGCUUGGUUUCCACACCUGGCAGGUUUUGUUCACACACAAGUUUCAGUAAUUGUAUAAAUAUGCAGAAGGAAUCAAAUCCCAGAAAUAAUUAUUUCUGUAUGAACAUUAAAUCUUGUAAUCUAGCUUUUUUGCUUUCUUGCCUGGUGCUUACUAAUGAUUUCAAAAGCAAGUUCCACAGAAAGCAAAGUGCCAGGUCAGCCCCCUUGCCUUCCUGUGAGGUAAAACAGCAGCUUGGAUUCUUCUGCUUGGCAGGACGAGGCCUCCAUCCUCCACCUGAAGAAAGGUUCCUUUGUUUCUUUGAAUCGGGAGCUGCUCCUUUGGGAGUUUUCUGUGAUCCUCUAGUUCAAUAAAGGCACCUCUGACUCAGCCCGUUGAGCGGAUUUUUUUGAGAGUUCAGUUUUUCACGCACCUUCUCUAGGCACCGUUAUGAUGUUGUUGUUAAUCACAACUUUGUUCCAUUCACAUGCUAUGAGUAUAGCUUUUAUUUAAGAAUUGACAGUUUCACUUUGUGAGAACAGGUAUUAUUGCAGCUAUUUGGUGCAAUAUAGCAUGGAGACCCUCUGUAUGGGAUUUAGAAACAUCAGAAAUGUUUUCUUCUUAAUUUAUUACUGGCUUUUAUAGAGUUUACAAAAAAACUGAAGAAAGCUUAGACUAAAUUUUGCAGGAACACAGCAUCUCACUCACAGUUCUGGAACUCCUUGAUUUUGGUUAUUUUUUAAUUAUUGUUACUGCUAGAAAUAAAGUCCUAAUAUAUAGUUGCCACCAAUGUUAUUUUUAAAUCUCAAUAAAAAGUUUGUUUCUU